ACCAAUCAGUUUGUCUUGAGUGAAUCUGUUUCCUGUCAGGCGCAAAUUUACAAACUAGACUUUUCCUCUGUCCUCAGCAAACACAACUUAUAUAAAAACACUUACAUGAAGCAGCAUGAGUGCUAAUGAGAGCAAUGAAACGUCUUCAGUUUCGAGUAACUGCCACGCUUCGACACCUAAAGAAAGCGAGAAAGGCAAAAAGGAUCCAAAAAGAACUCCUCUAUCACACCUUAAAAAAGUACACUGCUCUUUUAAGUCACCUCAUCAUGUAACUGAGAAAGCUAAAGUUAGUCAUGAAGGGGAAGUGGCAGAACUGCAGAGGAGAAGGGAGCAGCUGGAUUCAGAGAUAGAACAGCUAGAGGCUGAAGGAUACAAAGUAGAGGAGUUGGAACACCAUAUUAAAAAGCUGCAUGAAUACAAUGACAUCAAAGACAUUGGACAGUCACUUCUAGGUCGCAUUGCUGCUCUUCGGGGGACCACCACACGAGAUCUCUACACACAGUUUGACCUUGCCCUGGAUGACUGACAGAAAUAUGAGGAAUACCUUUUCCAAGCAUUUCGUCUUCUAGAGAACAACAGAUGUCAAAAUAAAAGUCUUUUCAUUUAUGAAGGUGGGGACUCUAAAUAUGAUCUGACCUUUUGAUCUUUGAUGAGUUGUAAAGCUUUUUUUCCUGUCUACAUAGAAUCUGGCUUUAGUGAGAAUUUAAUUUUGUUUUAAUAGAUCUAUUAAAAGUAUUUAUUUACAAUUUCUAAUGGCAUUUCAUUAUAGAAAAAUAAGAGUCAUCUGAUUAUCAGAAUACUGAUCAUUUACUAGUGCACCGAUGAAUACGAGACCUAUUGCAUCCGAACUAUUAAGACCAGGAUUCAAGCUUUACUACAUACCACUGAAACAAUAAAUACAAUUUUAUUAUUAUGGACGGCAUGACGGCUUUGUUGCUGUCUUAAAGACCUACGCUGAUGGAAAUUGUGUUUUUUUUUCUUGUGGCAUUUUUCUGACAUGUAUAAAUAAGCUUAAGGUUGCAUUUCAGAGUAUUUAUGUAUUCAAUUUGUUGUGAAUCAGGAGCCGACGACUAAAUGCCAUUUAAAAAAAAACUUAUUCCGCACCAACAGUCAUAACCCAGGUGAAUAAACUACCUCGCUCUGCAAAAACUA